AUUCCAUUGCCUUUUUGACUCUUGGUCCCUAAACGAAUGAUCUAGGUUGCAUGAGAUGCGCAAUAAAAAGGGGUCCAGGGCAUUGCCAUUCGCCAAGGAAGGUGCAAGGUACAUGAAGGCAACAGAAUAGAUUGCAUUAUCCAUUGAGAGCUUUGAGAGGUAGUACUGCACUGUUGAAACAGGCCACGGCAAUGGAGAGGGCACCGGCUCUGUGUCUUCUGAUCUCUUUGUUGGCAUUCUACCUCUUGGUUCCAUCCAGUGCUGUACCUCUCUCAAGACUGCAAAAGAUGCCCAUGCAAAAGGCUGGUCAGAUGCCGUCGGUUAAAGGCAGCACUCCAGAGCCAAAGAUGAAAACGGAGAGGUUUGUGCCAGAGGAUGGCAAAUCCGUAAUCUCCGAGAGGAUGGCCUUCGAGACUCAGGACUACGGUCCCCCAGUGCCCAACAACCACCACAAGCCACCGGGCUGGAGAUGAGCGGCGUCGUCACGGCGAUCACUAUGACCAGUGUCGUGCUCUUGGCUGAUAGUAGAUGCUCAAGCUGGCUAGAGUCCUGGAGCGCCAGUGUUGGAGCUUGUCCCAACCAGGCAGCAACCUAUUCAUCAUGUCACGAAGAGCAAGAAACGUGAUCUUUUGUUUUUUUAAAAAAAAGAAAUAUGGCUUUUGGUGUGGUAUUAUAAGAUGCCCUAGGGGGUUAAAAUAAUUAUUAAUUACAACCAAUACAGAUGGCUAUGUGGUUAAACGGUUAUAUGUAAAGUUUGUAAUUAGAAAAAUUAUACCAUGUUUAAAAUACACGAAUUAUUGUAAGAUUCCAGUGGAAUUUAUGUCAAUUGAUAAAGUUUUCGUACAAA